AACGGAUAAAAUAACCAUCCGUUUGAGUCAGUCGGUUGGAGUUGCUGUUAUUGAUGGUACUCGUUCCGACCAUGUCCCCUCUGCUCGAUGUCUCCGUCGCUAACAUGGCGCAACGACAGAUACCCAGUUGACAACAAUGGGUGUAGGAUCCCACAUAAUUGCACAGUGUGCGUUCCCCUGAUCUGAUGGAUGUUGACCAGUUGAGCCUUGCGGGCUCGUCGAUGAUCCAACGGCCCAAAGGAAAGCAAACGACGUGCCCGUGCGGCUUUGACGCCAACACUACCGGGGCCACUACGACUUUCUACCAGCGAGCGUCCUCCUCGGCCCUUUCCUUCCUCCUGUCGUCGCCGCGCGCCGCAGCCGCAGCCGCAUCUGCAUCUGCAUCUCAGCCUCCUUCCCGCGGAACCUUCCCGGGCCUUCCGCCGCGCGCCGGAGCUCUCCUCGUCCCGGCGGUGCUUGCUUGGUUGGACCCCAAGCUCAGACCAUUUUUGUAGCCCAGCUCAUCUCCCAUCCAUGACCCCCUCCACAAAACACCACUAGUCACUGUUGCUAUUGCUAGCUAAGCCGUCAUACACGGCAACCACCUGGGCCUAGGCCAUGGCCGCCACGCCGGACGAGUUCCUGCGGGCGGGGGACUUCCUCGCCGACGCGGAGCCCUUCUCCCCGUCGCUCUUCCUCGACCUGCCGCCAACGCCGUCUCCCCCACGCGCCGCCCCUGCCUCCGACGACCUCGACCUCGACUUCAUCUCACGCAUGCUCAUGGAGGAGGACAUGGACGACAAAUUCUUCUACCAGUAUCCCGACCACCCCGCCAUCCUCUCCGCGCAGCACCGGCUGGCCCAGGUCAUCUCCGGCUCCAACACCGCCCCAUCCACCGACGACUCCGCCAACACCACCGUCGCCAGCUCCACCUUCUCCUCCGACUCUGCCACCGGCAGAUCGGCCUCCUCCUGCUCCGACUCAGCCACAAACACCGGCAAAUCGACCUGCUCCUUCCACUCCACCACCAACACCGCCCACUCCACCUCCUGUUCCUCCUCACCCGGCGGCCUCGCCCCCGCCAAUCCCACCUGGCCUUACGACCGAAUCUAUCUGUCCCAGCCCCUCCACUCCCCGCCAUACAAUGCCAACAACCUCUUCUUUUCCGGCGUCGGCACGCCUACCGCGGGAUAUUUCGGGCAUACCCCGGCGCUCUCCAAGGGCAACAACGACUAUUUCUUGGCCCCCGCCGGCCAGAACGGCCGCAGCACGGGCAUGCAGAGCUUUGCGGCUUUGUCGAAUAGUAGCGCGGCCAAGGACGCCAAGACCUUAUCGAACAAUGGCGGCUCUUGCCGAGGUGGCCCAUGCACCCCGGCCUCGGCCUUCUUCAAUGGCCAGACCGACGGUGACGUGGACAUGCUCAACAUGGCGUUUCGCAAGGGCAUGGAGGAGGCCAACAAGUUCUUGCCCACCACCAACACCCUCGACGCCAUUUCCAACAAGCCGGUACUGCGCGACUUGACCGGUGACCAAUUGAAGAAGGAGGAGGUGGAUAGACUCAGAAUGUCGAUGUUCAGUAAUGGCCGGGGGCGCAAGAACAGGCAUGGGGCGGAAGACUUGGAGGCGGAGGUUGGCAGGAGAAGCAAGCUGAUGAUGCCGGAACAGGAGGAUACAGGGGUAGGCGAGAUGGUGGAGGAAAUAAUGCUUCACGGCCACGAGAUCAUCAUGAAGGGGAUAGAGGAUCUGCACAUAGCAAUGGACACCGAGGCCGAGAAGAACCACAGGAAGGGCGCCAGCAAGGCAGCGCGGGGGAGGCGGGGUGCAAGCGAGGUCGUCGACCUGCGCACCAUGCUCAUCCACUGUGCGCAGGCGGUGGCCACGGGCGACCGCCGGGGAUCGAAUGAGCUACUCAAGCAGAUUAAGCAGCACUCGUCGGCAAAGGGGGAUGCCACCCAGAGGUUGGCGUAUUGUUUCGCCGAGGGACUGGAAGCGCGCCUCGCAGGCACGGGCAGCCAUGUGUACCAGUCGCUCAUGGCCAAGAGCACCUCGGUCGGGGAGUUUCUCAGGGCAUACAAGCUGUACAUGGCAGCCAGCAGUUUCAGGAAGGUGAACUUUAUUUUUGUUGGCAAGAUCAUCAUGGAUGCCAUGGUGGGGAAGAGCCGCUUGCACAUCGUGGAUUACAAUGUGCAAUAUGGAUUCCAGUGGCCAGGUUUGCUACAGAUGCUAGCAGAAAGGGAAGGCGGUCCGCCGGACGUGAGGAUCACUGGCAUUGACCUCCCUCAGCCUGGCUUCCGCCCAGCCUUCCAGAUUGAGGAGACAGGCCGUCGGCUCAGCAAAUGUGCCCGAGAGUUUGGCGUGCCAUUCAAGUACCACGGUAUACCUGCAAAGUUUGAGACAGUCCAUGCGGAGGACCUAAAUAUCGACCCAGAUGAGGUGCUCAUCGUCACCAGCCAGUCUGGUUUCAGCAACCUGAUGGACGAAAGUGUUAUCAUGGACAGGCAGGACAUCCCGAGCCCCAGAGACAUGGUCCUUAGCAACAUCCGCAAGAUGCGGCCUGAUGUGUUCAUUGACUGCGUUGUCAAUGGAACCUAUGGCGCGCCUUUCUUUGUGACACGAUUCCGGGAGGCACUCUUCUCCUAUUCGGCGCAAUUCGACAUGCUGGAUGCGACCAUCCCCCGUGACAAUGACGACCGGCUGCUCAUCGAGCGGGAUAUCUUCGGUCCGUGUGCCCUGAAUGUCAUUGCCUGCGAGGGUGCAGAUCGAGUCGAUCGGCCUGAAACUUAUAAGCAAUGGCAGGUGCGGGGUCACCGGGCUGGGCUGAGGCAGGUUCCAUUGAGCCCGGCUGUUGUUAAGCUUGUGAGGGAUAAGGUUAAGACCCUCUACCACAAAGACUUUCUCAUCGACGUGGAUAACCGUUGGUUGCUGCAGGGGUGGAAGGGGCGGGUACUCUACGCCAUGUCGACAUGGGUAGCUGCUGACCAUGAUUACUCCAAAUUUUAGCUGCUUUUCUUCACUUCAUUUCAGAGUGCAGAUGAAGAAGGUAAUUGUGCUUAACACACGCAACCAACAGAAAUAUCGCCCCGGCGGAUUUGGUUCAUUACACGAUGGUUUGGACAGGGGGCAAAAGUUUUAUGGUAGCACUAAGUAGGGACGCAGAGUAGUGUCUUGUAAUGUUUAGAUGAUUAGAGAUGCACAGGAUUUAGGUGUAGUUGCAGACAUGCUGCGUAGCUGCGAUAAUGCACAACAAAAUGAGAACCCUGAUCUUCCUUUCCUAGUGUAUGGCUAUAUGCUCUCUUGUACUCCAGGUGGCAAGCAAUUUAACAGAUCACAGCAGUUGAUUUUAUGCUUUGUGUCUUAUGAACUUCAGUUUCUGUUGUAUCAUCAAAUUUCCUUGUGGAAGGUGAAACAGAUGCUUGAUUGAGCAAUAAAAGUUGCAUUGGUUGCUCGCA